AGGAAAUUUGAUUGGAUGCCUAUCACCUGGUGCUACCAUCCAUCCAAUCAGUGCCACCUUCCCCCCAGCGAAGCAUUAUCAAGAGUCCACACCUUUGACUCGGGUCUAGAUUUUGCUAUGAGAGCUGAGCUGCUUUGUCCAAAUAUGGAGGCGAACGCUUCAAACGUGCACACUUCCUACCGUCUGGGCCCUCGAGGUCCAAACCUGCCGCAUGGACCUUCGCAGGCCUGUCAGGAGCCCAACGUGACGGCUCAAGAGCCGACGGGGGGGCCUCGUCCUGAGGAGCAGCAGCAGAACCACAAGCCGCUCUUCUACAUGCAGCCCUCUCAGCCUUACCUGCCCAUGCAGGGCCUGCAGUGGCCCUACAGCCCUAUGGCCGUGCCUGUCGGCUACAAUCCCUACUAUGGCUGCCAUGCUUUAGGUUUUGGUAUGCCGAUGAUGCCUCACUACCAGCCCAAUCCGUACAUGGAGCCCCCAGGCUUUGUCAUGCCCCACACCAACCUCCACCUGACCGACUACAGGCGCGUGCUGAACCCGCAGUACUACCAGACCAUGGCCUACCAUGCACGCAGAUACCGCUAUCAGCACAACGCGCCGGCUCGGGAGGUCACCAACUCGGAGGUCCAAACCGAACCACUGUGCAGUGACCAGAGAAUCGACACACCUGGGUCAGGAGACCCUGAAGCCUCAGCUUGUGAUGUCAAAGAAGCCGUGAGUGCCCAACUCAGUAAACCAAUGGCUCCGACCGAGCAGAGUAAUGAGCAUUCUUCAGACUUUAGAGACGUGGUAGCUCCUCGCGCCGCCAGGUCGCCUCCAAACCGAAGCUUUGUCAUCCAUUCUGAGGAGGUGAGAAUUGAAUGCUGCGCCACACAAGGGGGACUUCAGCUUUUUCAUGCUCACGAUUCCUCUGAGGUCUCUCACGGGUUUUCCCAUGAGAUCCCGCCGGGCGACAGGCCGGGUAUUCCUGCAGAGCAGACGCUUCAAGCUUGUCCUGACAUCCUUUUGGUCGGGAUUCCCAGUGAGAAGAACCCUGAGCUGGAAGAAUCCCAGGACCACCCUGACUUUGUCGAGGAGAUGAGAAGUGAGAAAGAUCAACAGAUGUCUUCCAAGAAUAUUCGGUCCGAAGUUCUUCUGCAGGAGAAACCAGUCUGGUCGAUGGAGGAAACGUUAUUUCCCUGCCCUGACUCGCCGGUCCGAGAUAUUCUCAUCGAAGAUCACAGUGAGGUGUCCGCUGACAUUCCUACAAAAGAAGCUCCAGCCCCCACUGGAGAGGGUUUUAAGGAUGGGGCAGACAUGGAGGAAGCUCCUCAAGUUGAGGAUGUUCCUCUUACAGCUACCUCGCCUUUACUGGGAAGCUCUCAUAAGGAAGAGGAAAACCCAAACUUCAAGGACGACCAGGACACCUCCUUCGAGUCCUUACCAGCGUACCUUCCCUCCAGCAGCUGGAUAGCUGACUUUGAUGUCUACUGCUGUAGCAGGAGGCCACCCACUCCCAAGAAGCCGAGCCAACCUGUGGCCAGGAACACCUUAAGUGUUCUCACCCGGAGAAGAAGACUAGAAAUGGAGCAGCCUUCAGUCCGUAAGCCUAAGGAGAAGUACAAGCCGAAAGCUAAGGUGGAUCGGCGAAGUCUCUCCGACCACGAGUGCUGCCUUACGAGAACGCUCAACGAGAACAUCUGCGCUCCGUACAAGAGUGACCGCCUUUGCUCGAGAUGUCUGGACCAACCCCACGGUCCAGGACUCGACGGCCGCGUCCCAAAAAGAAAAGCCGUCCCCUUCCAGCAGUGCAACGGGGCCCUCCAGCCGACGUGCGAUGCCUGCAGGUUUCACACCAAGAAGCGACUGGCGAGGAACGGCUCCUUCUCAGAUGUCCGCGGCCCGCGUCACGAGGCCGAGGGCGAGUCCUCUGAGAACGGCUCGUGUCGGGUGGGGGAGAAAAGGCAGAACUUGGACAAAGCUCCCGCAGCCAUGAGGGAGAAGAACUGCAGGUGUGACGGAAUGUCGCGUGUCCAGCCUGCUGCUCGGGAGUGUCGGCGCCACUGUCCCCAUGGCAACGCCAUCCGAGAACUGGACGAGAACUUGCCUGCGUCCACCCGGGACAGAUGGAGACACACAGACCAGGUUUAUUGGACACACAGGUGGCAAACAGAGAAGUCGUGGAAGACGGUCACGACCAUCCCUGAAGUCUGGCGGACAGAGCCCAGACCACAACACUUGACUAAACACAGGAUGUCACAAUCACAAGGAACACGAAGAAAAGACACGCGGUGUUGAUUUCGCACAAGAGCACAAUUGAAUGAUUCGGAUUAAUAAUCACUUUUAUAUUUUUGUACGCACUUAAAUUAUUCUCACGUAUUUAUGUGGAUUUUUCACAAUGUUCACGAUUUUUUUUAACCUUUAAAUAAAUAAACACUGAUUUACA